ACAUUUUAUAGCCACAAACACAUCAUCAUACAUUAACUAUAUAUAUAAAGACAACUAACUAUCUCUAUUUACGUUUUAUUUCAUAUUUUUCAUAUUUUUCAUUCUUUAUCCAUACCAUCCAUAUCAUGAAUACUUCAACUACUUUUCCAACUUCUAAUCCUAAUCCAACUUCUACUCCUUCAUCCUCAUCCAAUACCAAUACAAACUCAUCGUUUAAAUCUCCUUAUACCACCAAUUCAAGAUCUUCUCCACAAAAUAGGUCUCAAAAUUUGAAUUCCCCUCAUUUCAAUCCUCAUCAACAACAACAAUCAAAUAAUAAUAACAUUCAAACUAUACCUCCUAUAUCUCCUAGAAAUAGUAUCGUUACAAGUCAUUUACAUGAUUUACGUACUGGUGCAGUUCCUUCAUCUCUGACUUUUAAUAAUUAUACCACUUCAUUAUCUUCUUCAAGUCAAAGAUCUCCUACUUUUAGUCAUCGAAGUUUACUGAUUCCUUCUCAACCACCUCAACAACAACAACAACAACAAUCUCCUUUAAUGGCUAGUAACAACAGUACUAAUAAUGUCGGUCCCCGAUCUUCCUCCUAUUCAUCUCCAUCUGAUUCAACUUCUCCUUCUUUUCAACAUCCCAUUCCUCAAUCUUAUAAUAAUGAACAUAUUAUAGAUUUAAUGGAAAGAGAACAAGAUGCUAUAGUUUUGAAAUUAAUGAAAGAAAUUGAAUAUUUAAAACAAGAAAAUAAAUAUUUAAAAGGUAGUAAUAGUAGUAAUUCAUCUGGUUCCAUAAGUAAUGGAAGUAAUAAUAUUAACCCUAAUAAUACCAAUGGAUCAAUUUCAAAUUCAAAUGGUUCAUCUAUAAGUAGUAUUAGUUCUACUUCAUCAUCAAGUAUGAAUAAUAAUUUAACUCCUACUACAUCAUUAAUAAGUCCAACUUCAUCAUUUUCAUUAGCUGUUCCAACUCAUCGUCGUUCAUCUUCAUUAUCAAGAAGUUCAUCUAUAAAUAAUAAUACUAAUAAAAGAAAUGGAUCAUUAUUUGGUAAUUAUAGUUUUAAUCAAGCAUCAUCAAAUAAUAAUAAUAAUAAUAAUAAUAAUACAACUCCAACUACAGUUCCAACCAUCACAACUACUAAUUCUACCGAUAAUAUGGAUAUUGAUUCAACAAAUACUGCUACAACCAUAACUAAAAAAUAUAAAUUAACUGAUUAUGAUAAAAUUAUAGAAGAAAAUAACAAUUUAAAAAAGGAAAUUAGAAAUUUAAAAUUACAAUUAGACGAUGUUAAAAGAAAGUAAAGUAAUUGAUUAUAUGAUUUAACAUACAGUUUUGGUCCUUCCUUUCAUUUGAUUUCUUUCCCCCAAUUUACACGAUUCAUAAAGUCUUGUUGAUAGUGGG